AUGUCGGAAGAAACAAUUAUGUCUAUGAAUGAUCAGACAAUUAAAAUUGAACCACCAGAAUAUUCACCAGAAGACAUUAAACUCGAAAUGAAGGAUGAAUAUGAUGAUCCUGACGUUACUGUUAAAUCUGAAUCGUGUUCUGAAGAUAAUGAUUCGUGUUUAGAAAGAUUCAUGAAUUCCGAGGUUACAAUUGAAGAAGAAGUCAAACAGGAGUUAGUCGAGACAUCAACUUAUGAAUGUGACAUUUGCAAUAAAUCAUUUGCAGAAUCAGAUCAUUUAAAAAAGCAUAUGAUCGAACAUAUGCCUAAUAAUAGCAAAGAAAGAUCUUUCAAAUGCGAAAUCUGUUACAAGGCUUUUGUUCGAUUAAGUGAUCUGAAAAGGCACAUGUUCAUUCACAGUGGUGAGCGUCCCCACGAAUGCAGUACAUGCAAAAAGACUUUCACACAAUUAUGUGCUCUGAAAAUUCACAUGCGUAUUCACAGUGGUUCGAAUACAAAUACUCAUCUUGGUCAGCAGAGUGCAUUUGGAUAUUCACAAAGUUAUAUUUCACCAAAUAUAGAUUUAAAAUAA